CAAGUGGCCGUUGAAGUUCACAAGAGUAAUACAAGAGCCUUCAUAACAUCAUUCAUUUACACAACACAACACAACCCAACAAAACUCAUCCUCAUAUUCAAAAUCAAAAUUUGUCUCUUCUCUACUCAUAAGAAGAUAUUGUUUGUGUGGAGAAGAAGAUGAGAGGACCAGUGAUGGUAAGUGGUGGAUGCGGUGGUGUGAAGGGAAGAAGAGGAAGCCGAGACGGCAGCGAAGAAGUGUCGCCGGCAGCGUUAAUGUUAGCUGCUUUGAAGAAAUCAAUGGUGGCCUGUAGUGUGGAGAGUCCUGAUGAUGUAAUCUCCGCCGUUCAUCAUCCAAUGGAGAUUGGAUGGCCUACAAAUGUUAAGCAUGUUAACCAUGUCACGUUUGAUCGUUUCAAUGGGUUUUUGGGUCUUCCUCUUGAGCUUGAGGUUCAUGUUCCUGCUCCUGUUCCUAGUGCUAGUGUUAGUGUGUUUGGUGUCUCAGCAGAAUCAAUGCAAUGUUCUUAUGAUUCAAAAGGAAACAGUGUCCCCACUAUUCUGUUACUGAUGCAGGAGAGGUUAUACUCACAGGGAGGAUUAAAGGCUGAAGGAAUAUUUCGUAUAAAUCCAGAAAAUGGCGAAGAGGAACAUUUGAGGGAGCAAUUGAAUAGUGGCAUUGUGCCAAAUGACAUUGAUGUUCAUUGCUUGGCUGGCUUAAUUAAAGCAUGGUUUAGGGAACUUCCUUCAGGAGUGUUAGAUGGACUUUCACCUGAGGAAGUUCUUGAAUGCAACACUGAAGAAGAAUCUGUUGAGCUUGUGAAGCAGCUGAAACCAGUUGAAUCAGCUUUGCUUAAUUGGGCUGUUGAUCUUAUGGCUGAUGUUGUAGUUGAAGAGGAGUGUAACAAAAUGGAUGCUAGAAAUAUUGCUAUGGUUUUUGCUCCAAAUAUGACUCAGAUGUCCGAUCCACUAACUGCUCUAAUGCAUGCGGUCCAAGUGAUGAAUUUACUGAAAACACUGAUACUGAAGACACUCCGAGACCGCGAAGAAACAGCAACAGCAGAAUAUUCAUCCAUGUCAUCUCAUUCAUCAGAUGAAUAUGACAGUCAACAAGAAAUGUAUACUAGCGGUGAAUUGAAAAGAACCAAGUUAGAUUAUGAUGAUCAUGUUGACUACAGCCACAACAUUGAAGAAGCUGCAUCUGCUCUCAGCGAGAUAGAAGAAUGCUUCUUAGAACAAUUGGAUGAUGUUCAGACAAAACGAUUCACAAAAGAAAAACCUGCAGAGCAUUUGCAAGAAGAGUUAGAGAGUCCUACCAAAACUGAGGAUUCCUGUCUGAGUUCUAGUUAUAGAAACGGCUCGACAACAACUGAGGGAUCAAAUGCUGACACAAGUAGUCCAUCAAUAGAAAGUAAAAACACCAAUGAUGUGGAGAUGGUAGAUAAAUUUAGUGAUUCUAUUUCACUCUUGCCUUUGUUUGCAUCUAAUUAAGAAUUUGAGCUUCUUGUUGUCAGGACUCAGGAGUGUUUUAAGUGAAUUGUUUUAGAUUUUGUGUUUUACAAGCAAGGGGUGCUUGUGUAUACUUGAUUAGUAGGUUUUUCUUGUUUUUGGAUUGUAGAGUUAUGUUCAGCUUAGUGCUGAAUUUGACCUGAUUAUGUUAUGUGUCCAAAUAUACUGUACUAUUUGGAUACAUUAGCUACGAAUUUUAUCUAGGUUAGAAGUUGUGCUUGUUAAUCUAUUCUUAGGGAGUAGGGAGACUGAUUAAGCCUAAAAAUGGUGCUAGUUAUGUGUGUUGUUCAUGAUCAAAAUUUUAUGGAUUCAUUUAUAUCUAA